GCUGCAGAGUCCCAGUGAAGGAUCUUACAUGCAGCGCUGAUCUCCUUCUAAUCCUCUCUCUCUCUCCUCCAACGAUCCACCGGCAGUAUGAGCUUCUAUGGACAGCAAUGGAUUCCCCGUUCUUACCGGUGGCUGAGUGUGGGGAGCAUCUAAUCCUGAAAUCCAGUGUCUGAAUCAGGUGGAUCAUCUGCCUGCUUGGGAUCUGCAUGUAGAAGGAUCCAGCUGGGGGUCUCACAGCCCAUCCCUACCCCGGCUCUCUAGCCCUGCUAAGAAGUGGGGAAGGAGGAGAUCUCUCAUAGCCUCUCCUAUAGACACGCAAUUAACAGAGGGGGUCGGAUCCAGAUCUGUUGGGGGUCUCAGCUCAUCUGACACUAGUGGAUUUUUUUUUCUGCCUAUUUUUUUUUUUGCUUUUUCUGGAUUGAUCCAAUACUGAAUCAUGGAGGCUGUUAUUGAGAAAGAGUGCAGUGCUCUGGGAGGCCUGUUCCAGAAUAUCAUAAGUGACAUGAAGGGAAGUUACCCCGUUUGGGAAGAUUUUAUAAACAAAGCAGGAAAACUGCAGUCGCAGCUUCGAACUACUGUGGUGGCAGCUGCAGCGUUUUUGGACGCCUUUCAGAAGGUAGCUGACAUGGCGACAAACACCAGAGGAGCUACGCGUGAGGUUGGGUCCGCGUUGACCAGGAUGUGUAUGAGACAUCGCAGUAUUGAGGCCAAACUCAGACAGUUUUCAAGCGCUUUAAUCGACUGCCUGAUCAACCCACUGCAAGAGCAGAUGGAAGAGUGGAAAAAGGUGGCUGCCCAGCUCGAUAAGGAUCACGCGAAAGAGUACAAGAAGGCUCGUCAAGAGAUCAAAAAGAAGUCCUCGGACACUUUAAAACUGCAGAAGAAAGCCAAGAAAGGGAGAGGAGACAUCCAGCCUCAGUUAGACAGCGCUCUGCAAGACGUCAACGACAAGUACCUACUGCUGGAGGAGACGGAGAAGCAGGCGGUGAGGAAGGCCCUGAUCGAGGAGCGCGGCCGCUUCUGCUCCUUCAUCUCCAUGCUGAGGCCCGUUAUUGAGGAAGAAAUCUCAAUGUUGGGGGAGAUAACCCAUCUGCAGACAUUAUCUGAGGACCUGAAGAAUCUCACCAUGGAUCCCCACAAGCUGCCAUCUGCAAGCGAACAGGUGAUUCAUGAUUUGAAAGGAUCCGACUACACUUGGUCCUACCAGACUCCACCAUCCUCUCCAAGCACCACCAUGUCUCGCAAAUCCAGCGUCUGCAGCAGUCUGAACAGCGUUAACAGUAGCGACUCCCGAUCGAGUGGCUCCCACUCACACUCACCCACUUCACACUAUCGCUAUCGCAGCUCCAAUCUGCCCCAGCAGCCCCCUAUGAGGCUGUCCAGCGUGUCCUCCCACGACUCCGGCUUCAUCUCGCAGGAUGCCUUCCAGUCCAAGUCACCUUCUCCGAUGCCCCCCGAGGCAGUUAAUCAGAAUUCGUCCAGCUCGGCCUCGUCGGAAGCGUCAGAGACCUGCCAGUCCGUGAGCGAGUGCAGCUCUCCUACUUCCGUGAGCUCCGGGUCCACCAUGGGAGCGUGGGCCUCCACUGACAAGUUGUCUAAUGGGUUUUGCCACUAUAGUCUGUCCAGUGAUCUGCCCUCAGCCGCUGGUCCUUUCACCCAUUACCCGCAUCCCGCCUCCCGUCCCUGGAUCCGUUCUAGCUCUACCCUUCCAGAAAGCCAUCACUAUUACACCAUUGGGCCGGGCGUUUUACCGUCAUCUAAGGUUCCCACUUGGAAGGACUGGGCUAAGCCAGGUCCAUAUGACCAGCCGUUGGUGAACACCCUUCAGCGGCGUAAACGGGAGGCCGACCCCACUGGAGGAGCCCAAAACGCCGCUCCGGGACAGAACGACGGGGCUCCAGCUUCCAGGAACACAAGUGUGCCGGCAGCAUCUAUGCAGGGAGAAGAAGCAGAGACCUGCGAUGAUCUGGCUUUAGCUCUCAGCCGGGGCCUUCAGCUGGACACGCAGAGAAGCAGCAGGGACUCGCUGCAAUGCUCCAGCGGCUACAGCACCCAGACUACAACCCCAUGCUGCUCCGAGGACACCAUCCCAUCACAAGUUUCAGAUUAUGAUUACUUCUCAGUAAGCGGUGACCAAGAGGGAGAUCAGCAGGAUUUCGAUAAGUCUUCUACCAUCCCGAGAAACAGUGACAUCAGCCAGUCAUACAGAAGGAUGUUUCAAGCUAAACGCCCGGCCUCCACUGCUGGGUUACCGGCCACCUUUGGACCUGUGAUGGUUACUCCCGGCGUGGCCACCAUCCGAAGGACCCCAUCCACCAAACCAUCAGUGAGACGUGGCACCAUUGGAGGAGGUCCCAUUCCAAUAAAGACGCCGGUAAUCCCGGUUAAAACGCCAACAGUGCCCGAUAUGCCAAGCGGGCUGACCAGCAGCGCAAGCGAAGAUUAUGGCGAUCAAAGUCCUGAUUCCCCUUCUGCCACAGAAGUCGGAGCGGUUAACAGCGACAUGCCGUCCUCUCUGUGGAGUGGCCAGGCUUCUGUCAAUCCUCCAGUCCCUGGGCUUCACGGUAUGGUUGCCGAAGGAAGGCCUGAGAAUGAAGAUGAGGAAGAUGAGCAGGAUCACGCGUUCAUCGCUGAGCCCACAGUCCAAGCUGAGCCUGAAGUGGCCGAGCCUGCAGGUGAUGCUUCUGUUCAAGGUGAGGACAUGCUGAAUGCAAUCCGACGCGGAGUCAAGCUGAAGAAGACAACCACAAACGAUCGCUCGGCUCCUCGACUCACUUAGAAGGGGCGAGAAUUCCACCGGUGACUGAGGAGCAAGAACUCUACCCUGAUACUUAAUUGUCUUUUUAUCCAUUCCAGUCUGUGAUCAGAGGAUGUUGCAGGAACAUAUACAGGGUUGACAAAAGUACUUUAAAAAGUAAUAAAAAGAAGAAGAAGAAGAAAACAAAUAUUCCAUAAGUGUGGAAAAGCAAGGUUAAUAUAUGUCGGUGUACCAAUUCUGUAAAUAGAUUUUAUUUCUGCACAUAAUCCCCUUUUUAAGUUUCUUUUUUUUUUUUGGAAUUUAUUCCCAUCAGGUGCCAAAAUUCACAAUUAAAUUUUAUAUAAGUCUUUGUAAAUUUUAAAAGCGUGGAGAAAGAAACAAAAAAAAAAAAAAGGCCAGAGAAGAGCGAAAAAGCCUUCGUGGGAAAGGAGCGGGUGCGAUCUCAGUAUCUUCGCUCGCGUAGCGCACGUAUAUCCGCAGAAACCGACUUCUCGACUAUCUGUUCUCUUUUACAAAAACUUUGAUCUCUUUUUUUUUUGUUUUUUAAUUUGUUAUCGAAGCAGACGUUAUAAAUUAUUCACGAUUGAGAGCAAUAUUAUAAACUUUUGGAUCCGUAGAGCAUGUGACAAGGGGUUGUGGGGGUGGGGAAUGCCAUCAUAACACAUAUUGUUAUACUGACACUUGUAAUUUAGCGAUCAUUUGAUAGUAGCACCAUAUUAAAUCCGCCACAAUAAGCCAUACUGGAUUGCAGUGUUCCCAUCUUGUUGUGUUUUUGAUCUUUUUUUUUUUUUCUCUCCGAAUAUAGUUUCGUAGUAUCGGAUUAUUAAAGUUUUUAUUAAUGUUUUUUUUCCCCUCCCGCAUGUCACCUGUCGUGUUAACUCUUAGUGCAAUAGGAUUUAGGUCCUGCGUUAAAAACUGAUAGCCGGGCCGCCGUCUGCAUUAUAUAAGGUCUGUAUUUUUGUAUCUCUGCAAAAGUUCACUCUUUAUAACCUCGUGUGC